GUUGUGACGUCCGAAAGCGCGUUUUGUGUCAGGAUGACAGACAAAGGAUUUUCACUGCUUCGUCCGAUCUUCUUCUUCACAUCCUUCUUUGUAACGUUGCACCUCGUUAAUGGAGACCUGAGUUAUUCCACACCAGAGGAGAUGAAACGCGGGACUGUCAUUGGGAAUGUAGCCAAAGAUCUCGGUCUUGAUCUAAGGACUUUUGUUUCUCGACAGGCCCGUUUGGAUUUUGAGGGAACUCGGAAAAGGUACUGUGACAUCAAUCUGAAUACCGGAGAUUUGAUGACAUCGGAGAGAAUGGACAGAGAAAGCCUUUGUGGCAAGAAACCCUCGUGUGUUGUUAAAGUAGAUCUGGUUUUAGAAAAUCCUCUGGAGCUUCAUCGUGUCAGUAUUCAUGUUCAAGAUGUUAACGACAACUCGCCAAAAUUCAGAGAAAAUUUGAUUGAGAUGGAAAUACGCGAGUCAGCUGACAAGGGAAACCGCUUUUCUAUCGAGGAGGCCCAUGACGCAGAUAUUGGUCAAAAUGCUGUUCAAAGGUACAACCUCCAAAAGAAUGACCAUUUCAUUUUAUCAGUGGACAACAAUAAGGUUGAACUUGUGCUGGAUAAUACACUUGAUCGAGAGAAACAGAAGGAGAUCAAUUUGCUCCUCACAGCUUUAGAUGGAGGCUCUCCUCAGAGAUCAGGUACUGUAGUCAUACACGUCACUGUACUGGAUGCUAAUGAUAACGCCCCAGUGUUCAGUCAGGCCGUUUAUAAAGCAAGUCUACCUGAAAACUCUCCUUUAGAUACUAUUUUGAUUAAAGUAAGUGCUACAGACGCAGAUGAAGGAGUGAACGGAGAUGUGACUUAUCACUUUGGUCACGUGUCUGAUGAAGAGGUAAAUGUUUUUUUUAUUGAUCCAAAAUCUGGAGAAAUUAAAGUAACUGGUGUGAUUGACUUUGAGGAAAGUAGUUCAUUUGAAAUGAGAGUGCAAGCUAAAGAUGGUUUAGGUCUUACCUCAUACGCCAAAGUUAUAAUAGAUGUUAGUGAUGUGAAUGACAAUGCUCCAGUGAUAUACCUGAAAUCACUGACUAACCCCAUACCUGAGAACGUGUCACCUGGUACAGAGGUGGGCAUCAUUAACGUGCAGGAUAGAGACUCUGAGACUAACAGACAGGUCCGCUGCUCCAUUCAACAGAAUGUCCCUUUUAAGUUGGUUCCUUCUAAAAACUAUUAUUCUGUGGUGAGCAGACAACUGGACCGUGAACUAGUGUCUGAUUACAACAUUACAAUCACUGCCACUGACGAGGGCUCUCCACCUCUGUCCUCCUCUAAAACUGUUCAGUUAUCUGUAGCAGACAUCAACGACAACCCACCUGUGUUUGAGGAACAGUCGUACAGCGCAUAUGUGAGUGAAAAUAACAAACCUGGCUCCACU